AGUGUUUGUAUUUAUAUUGUAUUUCUUAGAGAAAAGUGUUUUACUUUUCAAAUUUCAUCCCUAACAUUCGAAUUAAAAGACAUAUUUUAGUCAAUGAAGUUUGAGAAAUGUUUAGUUGAAGUUUGGCUACCCAUGAAUGAGGCCAUUGUCAGCAGUUGGGACAUCAUUUCGAGCUUUGGCCAAUCUUUUGUUAAACCAUUCUCUGGCCGUCAAAUUGGGUACCAUUGCAGACGUUUACACUUGCAACAAUAUCCUCAAUGGGUAUUGGAAAUGCAAAGAGUUACGAUCUGCAGAUGUACUGUUCGACGAAAUGCCGAUGAGAGACUCUGUAUCAUGGAAUACGAUGAUCGCGGGGCAUAUAAACUGUGGAAACUUGGAGGCUUCAUGGGAUGUUCUUAGGUGCAUGAGAAGUUGUGGUUUUGAGCUGGAUAGAUAUACCUUUGGAAGCAUGCUGAAAGGCAUUGCUUUUGCUGGAAUGUUUCAUUUGGGUCAGCAAGUACAUUCUAUCAUCAUUAAGAUGGGUUAUGCUGAAAAUGUAUAUGCAGGGAGUGCUCUCUUAGAUAUGUAUGCAAAAUGUGAGAAACUUGAGGAUGCAUAUUUGUCGUUCUUAAGUAUAUCAAAACACAACACUGUUUCGUGGAAUGCAAUGAUUAAUGGAUAUGCUCAAGCCGGUGACCGUGAGACCGCAUUUUGGUUGUUAGAUUGCAUGGAGCAAGAAGGUGAGAAGGUUGAUGAUGGCACAUAUGCUCCUCUUUUGCCUUUGCUUGAUGAUGCUGACUUCUGUAACUUAACAAGCCAACUCCAUGGAAAAAUUAUAAAACAUGGAUUGGAACUUGUUAAUACAAUGUGUAAUGCCUUGAUCACUUCUUAUUCAAAAUGUGGAUCCCUUGAUGAUGCCAAAAGGAUUUUCGAUAGUUCGGCAGGCAUUCGGGAUUUAGUUACAUGGAACUCCUUGUUGGCUGCUUACCUGUUGCGUAGUCAGGAAGAUCUUGCUUUUAAACUCUUGAUUGACAUGCAAGAACAUGGUUUUGAACCAGACUUGUAUUCAUACACAAGCAUCAUCAGUGCUUGUUUUAACGAAAAUAUUAGCAAUAAUGGUAGAUCCUUACAUGGGUUGGUGAUAAAGAGAGGAUUUGAACAGUCGGUGCCAAUUUCAAAUGCAUUGAUUUCUAUGUAUCUUAAAUCAGACUAUGGCUCAAUGAAAGAAGCCCUAUGUAUAUUUGAAUCCUUGGAGUUUAAGGACCGUGUGUCUUGGAAUUCAAUCUUAACUGGAUUAUCACAAACGGGGUCGAGCGAAGAUGCAGUGAAGUCUUUUCUGCAUAUGAGAUCUGCAGCAAUGGACAUUGAUCACUAUUCCUUUUCUGCCGUACUCAGAUCAUGUUCAGAUUUGGCUACAUUUCAAUUGGGACAACAGAUUCAUGUCUUGGCACUUAAAUACGGUUUGGAGUCCAACGAGUUUGUUUCAAGUUCUUUAAUCUUCAUGUAUUCCAAGUGUGGAAUUAUUGAAGAUGCUAGAAGAUCAUUUGAAGAGGCUUCAAAGAACUCUUCAAUCACUUGGAAUGCACUUAUGUUUGGUUAUGCUCAACAUGGUCAGUGCAAUGUUGCAUUAGACCUCUUCUUUCUAAUGGAAGAAAAAAAGGUGAAAAUGGAUCACAUAACCUUCGUUGCAGUUCUGACCGCCUGUAGCCAUAUUGGUUUAGUAGAACAAGGCUGCAAAUUCCUGCGGUGUAUGGAAUCUGAUUAUGGCGUUCCUCCACGGAUGGAGCACUAUGCUUGUGCAGUUGAUCUAUACGGGCGUUCUGGACGUCUUGAAGAAGCCAAGGCCUUGAUUGAAGAAAUGCCAUUCAAACCAGACACCACCGUGUGGAAGACAUUCUUGGGCGCGUGCCGCUCUUGUGGCAACAUUGAGUUAGCUUGUCAGGUUGCAGGCCAUCUGCUAGAGAUGGAGCCUGAAGAGCAUUGCACUUAUGUUCUUCUCUCAAACAUGUAUGGAAAUUUAAUGAGAUGGGAUGAGAAGGCCAAAGUGAAAAGGCUAAUGAAGGAAAGAGGAGUUAAGAAAGUCCCUGGUUGGAGUUGGAUUGAAGUUAACAACAAUGUACAUGCUUUCAUUGCACAAGAUCAUUCUCAUCCCAGUUGCCAACAGAUCUACUUUUUGCUUGAAGUACUUUUGGAGGAAAUCACAAGAAUGGAAGAUGCUGAUGGUUUUAAGAGUUUUCUGGAGCAGGAAGAAUUAAGCUAUGCAAAUGCAUAAUUCGACCUUAUUAAGGACUUAGAAAGUGAAUUCAAACAAAUUGAUCUUGAUUAACAGGGGAGCGGAGCAGUGUUUCAAACACAAGUUUCGUUCUCUUGAGGCCAUGGAAGUUCAAAAGUAAAAGUGGGUUGGUUUAAGUUGAAUUUGGCCAACAAAAUUGACCGUUUUGAAAUGUUGAGUUGAUUAAAUUAAUGGAAGCCAACUUCAAAAUUGAAGUUGACUAACUGAUGCUUUAUAGUUUUAGAUGUUGUGAAACUAUACCGUGUUAUUUUAACUUAGAAGUAUAAUCUCAAACCGAUGAAAGUGAUUCAAUUUGUUUAGACUUAUUUGAUAUGAUAAUGAUUUACUCUGCCUUUCAAAUUUA